UCCUCCGCCACAGCGCACGAGACCAUCACCAGAUCGAAGCGUACACCCAUUGGUAAUCCGCAUCCGCAAGAGACGUGUGGGUAUAGUAAAUCGUCGCGCGUACGUACGUGACGAUCGAUGAGGAUCGUCGGGGUUGCAAAGCCGGAGAGGAUGUCUUCCAUGGAGCGGGAGCCCAAGACGCUCUCCCUCGGCGAGCUCAAUUACGCCAGGGAAGCGGCGCUGUACGUGCUGACCACGCACUCCUCGCAGGACGCAGCCCGGAUCUUCACCGAGGGUCUGAAGCCGGUGCUCGGCGUCAGGAGGAACUCGACGGACUCUGACUCGGACGACGACGAGGAAGGGGACGUGUUUGAUCCGGACGCGCUCCUCGACGAUCACGACGUGCGCCGUCAUCGCCAGAUGCGUGGGCGCAUCGCCAAGAAACGAGACUUUGCUACAGCAUUCUAAUUACCUUCACAUACCUAUAAAAAAGGCUACGAUCACAUCCAUGUAAAACGGGGGUCUACAGUUUUGCCCGUUCAUAAGAGUUUUUUUUUGUAACGUAGUAUUAGCGAGUUCUGCUGCAGCAGUAGAUUUUUCUUCAUCGGAACGGAUAAAAAAUGAACAUAAGGCUGGUCGUAAUGGUAGUAUCAUAGCUAGUAUCAAGCAUUUUUGAUAAAGUGUCAUAGUAUUAAAUGAAAAAGAGAUGAUGGAGUAUAAUAUCAUGAUACCGUAUCAUAAUAAAUGUUAUGCUGC